GCUCCUCUGGUUUGAGACCGGGCGGGUGUCUGUCUCUUUUCUCUCUCAGCCGUUUCCCCCCUUCACUCAGGACCCCUCUUUCUGCUCAUCUCUCAUCAGCGACCUUUAUCACUGCUUUGCUCGGCAGCCUUCCUCUUGGAAGGUGCUGGAAAAGCCAGCAAGGGGGAAUUUACCAGGAGGAUAAUGACCAUAAGUCCAGCUUGCAGACAAUUUACAUAACUGAAUUAAUUUUUUUCUUCAAAAACAAAAACAGUGGAGUACAGCUACUUCAGCUAAGGGUGUCCCCUUUGCUGUUUCGGUGUUAGAAGAUGAGGCGGCACCGGUUGUUGCCGCUGUGCGCCCUCCUGGGCGUCCUGUUCGCAGGACUCCUCCCUAACCUUGAUGCUCAGGAAGCGGAAGAUGCAGCUGACCUAGUACUCUUAAUUGAUGGAUCAGAGAACGUUGGAGCAGCAAACUUCCCCUAUGUGCGCGAUUUGGUUUUGAGAAUCAUUGAGCGCCUUGAUGUGGGCAGGAACACUGUUCGGGUGGCAGUGGCCCUGUACGGCUCAGACCCACAGAUAGCGUUCUAUCUAAAUGGCUAUGACAGCAAAUCAUCGGUCCUGGAGGCUGUGAAGGGCCUGGCCUACCUAGGGGGCGACACAGCUAACCUGGGGGCCGCCUUGGAGGAAGUGGCCGAGAGCCUUUUGAGCGAAACAGCUGGGGGCAGAGCAGAAGAGGGUGUGCCCCAGAUGGUGGUGGUUAUCAGUGCUGGGCAAGCCAAUGAUGAUUAUGGUGCCGGUGACCGGGCCCUUAAGAGGGCCAGCGUUAUCACAUUCGGCGUGGCGAUUGGUGACUCUGCCACUGCAGAUCUGGAAACGAUUGCUACAGAUAGAAGUUUUGUCCUGUCAGCCCCUGAUUUCAGAACGGUGGCAAACAUGGGUGACCAGCUGCUCCCAUACAUUAACGGGGUGAUCCAGCGCACCAUUAUAGUUCAGAAUGAGUUCACAGAAGUCUUGACAGUUGGAAACCGAGACAUCAUUUUCCUAAUCGACAUUACAAUGGGUACACAGAGCAUCGGAGCUGUGCGUGAAUUCAUCAAACGGUUUGUCGACGUCAUGCCAAUCGGUCCAGACAAAGUUCAAGUGGGUGUGGCCCAGUUCAGCACUACCCCACGACUAGUGAUGGAUCUCAACUCUUACGGAACCAGGGAUGAGAUAAAUGCUGCUUUGAGUGGCAUCAAACCGAGACCCGGGCAGACAGUCAACAUUGGAGCAGCCUUGGACUUUGUGCGGACGAACAUGCUGCGACCUGAGAGAGGCAGUCGUAUUCAGAGUGGGGUACCCCAGCUCAUACUGUUACUGACCAGUAAAAAAUCCAGCGACAGUGUGGAAGAACCUGCAAGGGCCCUGCUGAGAAUGGGCGCACUGACUUUAGCUGCAGGCGCCAAGGCUGCUGAUGGAGAUGAACUGAAGCAGAUUGCCUUUUCCGAAAAUGUUGUGUUCGUUCUGAGGGACUUCCGCGCAAUAACUCGCAGCCCAAAGGCAAUUCUGGAUUCACUUUCAACACUUGCUGGAGUGGUGGUGACCGAAGUACCUACCGAGCCAGUGGUGGAGAUAACCACAGUGCAGACUCAAAGAGUGGUUAGAGACAUUGUCUUCCUUGUGGAUGGGUCAAACUACAUUGGCAGCAGCUUUCCCUAUGUGAGAGACUUCAUCAUCAACGUGGUCAACCAGCUCGAUGUACGACCCGACAGGGUCCAGAUUGGGCUCAUGCAGUUUGCUGACCGGCCCAGAAUUGAAUUUUAUCUGAACAGCUACAGCAACAGGCAAGAUGUUGUGAAUAAAAUCUCUCAACUGAGGCUCACUGGAGGCUCGGUUUUGAAUACAGGUGCUGCCAUGAAUUAUGCCCUUUCCAACAUGUUCCAGCCAUCGACUGGGUCACGCAGAAGGCAGGGAGUCCAGCAGGUGUUGGUUCUGAUCACAGGCGGCCCAGCCCAGGAUGAGCUUAAAACUGUAGCGGAUAAAUUGGCUCUGGCUGGUGUUUUGACCUUCACAGUCAGUUCUGGACAAGCAGAUCAGACCCUACUGCAAUCCGUUGCCUUUGUUCCGGAUUUGGCUUACCAUGAUGCACAAUUCUCUAAUUUACCAGCUAUGGCUGAACUCGUAAUGCCAAAGUUGAUCACAGUGGUUGGCGAUACAGAUGUGACAACAGCAUCAUUCCCUGAUGAACCUGGUGAGUUUACUGCUGGUGGUGAAAGGGAUGUUGCCUUCCUCAUUGAUGGCACAGACAAUGUCCGAGCAGAUUUUCCCUACAUCCGGGAUUUUAUCAUUAAAGUAAUCGAACCACUUGACAUUGGGAUUGACAAGGUACGAGUUUCAGUGGUUCAGCACAGCGAGAGGCCAACUCCAAGUUUCUACCUUAACACUUACCAAACCAAAGAUGAGGUGAUAAGGGCUGUUAAUGGUUUGUCAGUGGCUGGUGGACGUAGUCUGAACACAGGAGCUGCUCUGAGAUUCAUGAAGGACACCAUCUUCUCUGAAAGGCAGGGCAGCCGGACUGGGCAAAAUGUCCCUCAGUUUCUGAUCGUUUUGAGUGGAAGCAGGUCCAGGGAUAACGUGAAGGAACCUGCUGGUUCACUGAAGACAGAGGGAGUCGUACCAUUUGGCGUUGGUGUCAAGGAUGCAGACCCAAAGCAGAUUGAGGCCAUUUCACACAACCCUUCGUUUGCCUUCAAUGUGAAGGAAUUCAGUGAGCUCAGCACCAUCCCAGGACAGCUCAACACCUAUGUGAGCCUUCCAAAGGAACAGCUGGAAGUCGUCCUACAGCAAGUACAAAGCAAUGCUGUAAAAAGAGAUAUUGUCUUCCUUCUGGAUGGCUCUGAUAACACAAGAGAUGGAUUCCAAGAGAUAAAACUCUUUGUAAAGAGCAUUGUGGAGAGCCUCUCUGUCAGUGAGAGCCAAGACAGAGUGUCUGUGGUUCAGUUUGCUGAUAAAACUGAGGUCAACUUUGAUCUGAAUUCUCACAAGGCAAAGAACAACACUCUAAAUGCCAUAGAUAACCUAAGACACAAGGGUGGGAGGCGCCUUAAUGUCGGGGCAGCUCUCCAGUUUGUGAGGCACAGUGUCUUCACUUCCUCAACGGGCAGUAGGAGACUAGAAGGAGUGCCCCAGAUCUUAAUUCUUCUAACUUCCAAACCAUCCACUGAUAAUGUGAGAGGCCCAGCUUUUGCACUUAAAGAACAUGAAAUUGUGUCAGUGGGGAUUGGAGUGGGAAGUGCCAACCUCUCAGAGUUGGAAAUGAUUGCCUUCAAACCUGAGUUCACAUACACGGUCACUGAUUUCUCAAAGUUGCGCUCAAUCCAAUCACAACUUGUUGCUUCACUGAACAUGAACAAAGACACUGAGGGAACCCUGAAUGGAAUCUCUGAUUUAGUAGGUAAGAUUCAAAGAGUGCAAUAUUUCAUUACUUUUUCUCAGAAUUCCCCUCAAAGAGACAUAGUGUUUCUGUUGGAUGGGUCAGAUGUUACACGAAGCGACUUUCCAGCAAUGAAAAGUUUUGUCAAAAGUGUGGUAGAAGCACUCAAUGUUGGUGAGAACAAAGACCGUGUUUCUGUGGUGCAGUAUAGCAGAGAUCCACAGACAGAUUUCAGUUUGAACACCUACACGGAAAAACAAGAUGUUGUUGCUGCUGUCCAGCAAUUGAACCACAAAGGGGGCAGCCUACUCAACACAGGAGCAGCUCUCGACUAUGUGAGAAAUAAUGCUUUCUCUGAAUCCUCUGGGAGUCGGCAUCAAGAAGGCGUUCCACAGAUACUGAUUCUGUUGAGUGGGGGAAGAUCUCAAGAUGAUGUUGCAAGUGCUGCUGCAGCUCUAAAACGGGACAAAGUUGUUCCGUUCUGUGUUGGCACAAGAAAUGCAGAUAUACUCGAGCAACAAAUGAUUGCAUAUAACCCUUCCUAUGCUUUCUCUGUGAUGCGGUUUGACAAUGUUGGGAGCAUCUAUCCACAGCUUGUGUCAUUUGUGAAAAGGGUGCCUCGACAGCUGCCAAGACUGAAAGCACAGAAUGGUCUAGAUCCCACCAGGAAGGAUGUUGUUUUUUUGCUCGAUGGUUCUGAUGAUUCUCAGCGAAGAUUCCCAGAUAUUAAAGAUUUUGUGCAGGGAGUGGUGGCGGACCUGAAUGUUAGUGCCAACAGAGAUCGUGUGGCCGUGGUCCAGUACAGCAACACGGCAGAGACAAGUUUUGACUUGACACGUUACUCGACAGAAGAUGAUGUUCUUGAUGCAGUAAGAGGCCUACGUCACAAAGGAGGUUAUCCUCACAACAUUGGAGCAGCUCUCCAAUUCUAA